AUGUCAGAAUUUUCUACAUCGGCUCGGAAUUCUCGUAGUAGAAUUACGCAUCCAAAAUCUAAAAGAAUAUUGCGAAUCAUCAAAAUAGAGGAUGAUGAUGAUCAGCCAGUACAAAAUGAACGUUCGAGAAGCCGAAGCAUUUCUCCAUUAAAAUUUUCCAAGUUCCAAUCCCGUCGUCCACCUUGUCGAGAUUAUUAUGGAAAAGGGUAUUGCCUUAGAGGAUACAAAUGUAAAUUCAAUCAUGGCGCAAUGCCAAUUGUUGUGAACGAUUCCAUGUUGGAAAAGAUCAAGGAAAGUCCAAUCUUCAAUCCGAAUCCGUCACCUCCUGGACUUGAGAAUUCGGAUGACGAGAUGGUUGUUGAAGAACAGCGUAAUCAGCAGCUUCAAUCACUAAUUGGAAUGGCCUUUACAACUGGAGGUAUUGAGGCGUCUCAAAACAUUGUUCAGUUAAAUAAUGGCUGUUAUUUGCCUGAAUUUGUCAAUCAACCAUCGCCAGCAAUGCAGACGUCUUCGAAUUAUUUGUACAACUACAACAACAUUCCUCCGCCAACUCAACCAGCUUUAACGGCGCAGCCCGAAACUUUGGAGAACGAAGUGAAAGGAAAUGCGCCUUCAAUUGAAGAAUUAGCGGUAGUUCAGCCAUUGCAGCCAUUACUGAUAAAUGAUGACAAGAAUGAGAAGGAUACAAAAUUGUUGCAAUUGAGCCGUCUGAAAGGUGAACUGUAUGAGAAAUUGGUUGAGCAGCAAAAGUCUUUACUUCUCAAAUUAAAAGAUGCUGAAGGUGAGAAAACUAAGAAACAAUUGAAAGAGUUGAUUAAACGUGUGGAGACGCUGAUGCUAAAGACGAAAGAUGAGCUUCAAGAACUGUUCAAUUCGGCUGAUUUGAAAACUAAAGAGGAGUGA